AUGCUUGAAGCAGUGACUUCUGAAAUUGCGACAUGGUUGCGAUACGACAACAAUACGAAAGAGGACGCCAGCAGUAUCCAUCGCUGGACCAAGCAUCGACUAGUGUUUGAUAUCCUGUACUAUCACACACUGGCUGUUCUGCUGCUCGAGGAAAUAGACUGCUUCUUUAAUGGAAAGAGCUUUGAUAUGGCUAACGUUGACCACUGCGAGCAGGAGGCUUGGAUGCUGCUUGGAUAUGCCUGCGAUUUAUUGGAAAGCGAGUUCGAGCCAAAGUUUCCUGCUGUACAAUUUGUCGAAAUUCGAGGUGAUGACGAGGCGAACGAGGCAUUCUGGGAAGAGAUCGAGGAGAACGCGACAGAUGUCAAGGCCCGCGACAGCCUAGCGUGGUGCCUUGCUAUGAUGGACAAGACAGAUGACGCACUACCGGUCAUCAAGAUCUUUCUGGACGACAUGGUCCCUAAAGGCAGGAGGAAAGCAGACGUGCUCGAUAACCAGGGGAGCAGAUUUCGACCAUUCGCUCACGAGUCACCAAUACGCCUGCUUCAGAUAGUGGCCUGGCUGCUCAACUUUGUGCAAAAUUGCCGAGGACAGAAUUUGGGAGCCUUCACCACAAGACAGUGCAGAAAGGCGGAUUGUGGCAUGCAUGGACUACAGGCCAGAUUUGACGUAGUCAACAUGCAGAUCGAGGAGUCAGUAGCCACCGCCCUUUUUGGAAAAGCGAUGAGGGCCGUUGUGAAGUACUUGGAGGCAAUAGCCGAAAGCUCGAGCAAGCAUAUUGUCGCAUCGCCCCCGUCAAAGGACGAGCUCAAGCGAUCAAGGAAGGUUCGAAAGGCAACCGAAGGGCGUACUCGAUUGCCAGCAUGUACUGAGCAUUCGCGUGCACUAUUGCAUCUGGAGAACGCUGUUUCCGGAACAGGGCUCUGGCUCGAGGCGUGUAAAGCUGAAAACCGAGGACUUCAUAAGAACAAUGUGUGCUUGGCCGUUUGA